AUGUCGCCCACUGCUGUAGCCGAGCCCCGCAACGCGAACGACGUCGCAGCUGACCUGAAGGCCAAUGCCGUCCACUUCGAGGGCCAGGAGAAGCCACCCCUCGCCGACGACUACAUGUACGAUUUCAAGUACAACCAUGCUCUCCCGACCACCGACGUACUCGGCAUCGACAUUCCCAAGGAGGCGGACCCGGUGAAGGAGGCCACUACUCUCACUGCGGUUCUGGGCGACAUCCUCUCUCGCGGCGACGCCAAGGCUUUUGCCGACUUGUUCCUUGACUAUGGCGUUUGGCGCGACAAGCUCUCGUUCACCUGGGACUACCGGACCUUCAAUUUCCGCCAGCAGAUCCUCAAGGCCGCCAGCGACCUGUUCCCCACGACUCCGCUCUCCAACGUCCAUCUGUUCACCCCAUCGCCGACGAUUGAGCGGCCGUACCCCGACCUCUCUCAUCUCCAGUUCUCUGUCGCUUUCGACACGAACGUUGUUCACGGCUCUGCCGUCAUCAAUGCCGUCCUCACGCAGGACGGAUGGAGGUUGUGGACCAUGCACUCCGUCGCCGAGGACCUGGUCGAGUUUCCUGAGCUCCCUCCAGCAGACGGCCACAUGACUGGCGAGAUCAGCUGGGAGAAGCAACGUGCCAAGGAUGACGAUGAGAUCUGUCCCGACGUCCUCAUCAUCGGCGGUGGCCAGAACGGCAUCGCACUUGCUGCCCGCCUCAAGGCCUUGGGUGUCUCCAACCUGAUCAUCGAGAAGGGCGAGACGAUUGGCGAGGUCUGGCGCAAACGCUACGAGUACCUCUCGCUCCACUUCCCACACUGGGCUGACCACCUCCCCUACUUCCCCUACCCCGAGCAUUGGCCGACGUACACUCCUGCCCAGAAGCAGGGCUUGUACAUGGAGUGGUAUACCCAGGCGAUGGAGCUCGCGGUGUGGAACAGCUCUUCGGUCAGCAAGGCCGAGCAGGACGCGGAUGGCAACUGGACAGUGCGAAUCAGCAAGGGCAAGGCGGCCGAAGCCCGUACCCUCAACCCAAAGCACGUCGUGAUGGCGACUUCCCUUUGUGGCCUUCCCUACACGCCGGAUAUUCCAGGAAUGAAGGAAUGGGAGGGCGGUGUCUACCGCCAUUCGACUGCACACGACAGCUCGCGCGACUGGGUCGGCAAGAAGGUGCUCGUUGUCGGCACCUCGUCAUCAGGCUUCGACACGGCUUACGACUGUGCUCGGCGCAACAUUGAUGUCACGCUCCUGCAGCGCUCGCCAGCGUACAUCAUGUCGCUCACGCACUCGGUACCCCGCGCCAUCGGCGCCUACGAGCCAAAAGACGGCGUCCGCCCCAACCUCGAGGACGUUGACCGUCUUGCCUUCUCCAUGCCGGUGGGCCCCGGCGAGGAGCUGGGCCGCCGGAAUGCAAAGGUGCUCGAAGACCUCGACAAAGACCUCCUCGAUGGUCUCAGAGCCCGCGGAUUCAAGACCUGGCGUGGACAGCGGGGAACGGGCAACGGUACCCUCGGCCAGACACGCAAUGGUGGCUUCUACUUUGAGGCCGGUGCGUGCGAGCAGAUCAUCAACGGCAAGAUCAAGGUCGAGCAAGGCUACAUUGAGCAGUUCACCAAGGACAAGGUGGUUCUCUCUGGUGGGCGCGAGAAGGAGUAUGAUCUGGUCGUCUUCGCCACGGGCUUUUCGAGCACGCUCGAUUCGGUGCGCGCGACACUUGGCGACGCCAUCGCCGAUCGCUGCGGCCCCAUCUGGGGUAUCGACGAGGAGGGCGAGUUCCGCUCGGCAUACAAGGACAGUGGCGUGCCCAACCUCUGGAUGAUGGUCGGCUACCUGCCGUACACGCGCUACCACUCCAAGAAGGUUGCCCUUCGACUCAAGGCUCUGCUCGAGGGCGUGUCGCCAGCGCCUUACACGGGGUAG